UCAGUGGCUGCUCACACUAUAAAACCAGAGAAUAUGCAAACAGCGAGAGAAUCAAUCCUCGAGCAAAGCAAUUUCCAUAUUGCAAUAUCCAUUUCUUCUCUGCUUUCUCAAAUUCCAAAUUCUGAGAAACACUCAAAGAUCAAAAUCUCGAGGCAUUCCCCCAACAAUGGCCAAUCUUCCAGAUUCCCUAUUCGGAGAACCGUCGACAGUGGAAGCAAGCGCCGCCGUCAGCGGAAGCGCCACCGCGUCGGGAUCCAGUGACUCUCGUCCUCAUGGAGACCUAAGCCAGGUCUCGGUCGAUAAGCUCAUUCUCGCUCUCAACGACCCCCACACUCGUGAACGUGCUCUCCAGCUUCUCUCUCAGAAUAGGAGUAUGUGUGACAAUUUGGCUGUUCUGAUAUGGCAUUCCUUUGGUACUAUGUUUACCCUUCUCAAGGAAAUAAUGGAAGUUUACCAUUUGCUGUCUAAGCCUGACCUUACAGAAAAGGCUUCAACUAGGGUCUGCAAUGCUCUUGCUCUUCUUCAGUGUGUGGCUGCUCACCCAGAAACAAGGGUGCCAUUUAUGAAAGCUAAAAUCCCACUCUAUUUGUACCCUUUCCUUAAUACCACCAUCAAGGAAAAACCUCAUGAAUAUCUCAGGCUCACUAGCUUAGGAGUAAUUGGUGCUCUAGUUAAGGUUGAUGACAAGGAAGUUAUUUAUUUCUUACUCAAAACUGAGAUAGUCCCAUACUGCCUGCGGUGCAUGGACGUCGGAAAGGGCUUGUCAAAGACGGUUGCCACAUUUAUUGUUCAGAAAAUUCUAAUGAAUGAAGAGGGAUUGAGGUACUGCUGCAUCAUAGCUGAUCGGUUUUUCGCAAUAACUCGUGCCUUGGAGACAAUGAUGGAAAAACUCGCGGAAGAACCCUCACGUCGGCUGCUAAAACAUAUCAUUCGCUGUUAUCUUAAGCUAUCUGAAAGUCCAAGGGCAUGUCUUCGACUUGGGAGACUCCUUCCUAGGAUGCUAAAUGAUGGCGCCUUUAUCGACCUCCUUCAUGACGACCCUGCUGUCAUGAGCUCGUUUCAGCAGUUGCUUCGCAAUGUACAUGACCGUAGGAUGCGAAAAGACGAAGACGAAGACAAAGACGAAAAUGGUUAUCCCAAAACAGGCUAAAGUUAUAAGUUUUCGCAAGCUUUGUCUAUUCCGGUGCACAGGGUUACAUAAUUUACACAUAGUUCUAAAGAUGAAUUGGUUCUUCAUCUUUCACACAUCUCUUUUUUCUUUGUUUGUAGAUCAUAAGAGUUAAUGUAUUUAUUUAACUGCAACUGAAAAUGAUAAUGUUGGCUUAUUUUCU